CUGUGUCUGGGUGCAUAGUCUGAAUAGCACCGUACUACGUCUGGGAAUAUACGUACACGGUAGAGAACGCGCCUCACAGCUCCUCAGCUUUGAAUAGUAGUUAAUACAAAUAUAUAGGGUUUACUAAUAAGUAUUAAUUUUAUGUCAAUUCUUUAUUAAAUGCGGGGUUUUCUGAGGUGGUGGAGCCGCACUGCACAAAUCCAACGAGUUUCAAUUCAACAGUAGCCUAACGACUGACUGCUAUUCAUGGAUGGUCUUCUAUGGCAAGGACGAGCUAGUGAAUAACCACAGCCUGUGUAACCAAGGUGUCAAGGGUGUGUGUGAUGCCCCCUUCCUAGCAGGUCCCCUCCCAGUGUGUGAUGCAUCAUGGCUCCGGUGCUGAGUGCCUUGUUGGGGCCAGGGGACGCGGGUUCAGGGGUCGCCACGGCGACAUCUCUAGGCAACGAGCCGCUGGUCCUAGUGGGCACCCUGAUGGUCAUCUCUGCGUUGGUGCUGCUCUCGCUGCUACUGCAGCUUUGUGCCAGCUGCCAGGGGCAAAAUAAAUCCAAUGGCCACCCAGGAGACCAUGAGAACCUCAUGAAUGGAGUGUCUGAGAGAGAGACGUUUACCGGUAGUCAGUCUGUGGACAGCCCAGGGACUGACCUAGUGGUGAGCAGUUCACACAACGGCCCACUAACCAGUGGUACAGUGUUGACAGACACCCAGGACAGCAGUCCCCAGCCCUCUGAGGAGAUGCUGUCCAGCCAGUCAGAGCUGCGGAGCUCCAAGUGUCCCCAGGACCGCGAGCUGCCCAGCAUCCCACCCAACAACGCCCUGGAGGGUAUGGGAUCCUCCAGCGGACCCCCUCUACCUGUCUCUGGAGACGGCACCUACGAGGUGGUGAAGGAGAGAGGCGGCGUCUUGACGGCGUCCCGUGACGUGAGCAUUGAAGACUCCCUGUACGAGACUGUCAAAGAGCUGAAGGACCAUCCAGGCAGCCUGGCUGUAGGUCUACCCAAUGGACACGGUACUACGUCCCCCCUCAGCCCCGGUGACGACCCUCACCACCUCCACAACCACCUACCACUUUCCCACCAAUGUCCAGCCCUCCACAACGGCCACCUCAGCCCCUGCAGCACCCCGGAGCGGGGGCCCCUGUGCGCGGGAGUGGAGUACGCCUCGGUGGAUCUGAACAAGAAGAGCCGUCACAGUGCAGACCUGGAGGCCAGGCGCUCAGCCACCAUCGCUGCUGCUGUGAGCCCCACAGAGGAGCCCGAGGAGGAGGAGGAGAGACCCCCGCCUGUACCUGACAAGGUGCUGGAUGAGAAUGACAACCAGCCUACCAUGAUGGACGCAGGAGGGGUGGUGGUAAUGGGGGCCGCACUUCACAACGGAGAGUUGCACUCUCCGCUCUCUCCCUCACCGGGGCUACACAACCAUGUGCUGUCAGAGAACGAGCUGUCAGACAUGUACUCCACGGUGAGGAAGACACACCUAGACGUGGAGGAGAAGGAGAGUGACUACAGCAGCAUCGCAGAGAUCAAGGGUCUGGUCCCUGAGUCGUCCUCCAGUGAUCUCUACGCUACUCUCAGGGACAUCUACCCCCAGCUCGGAGAGGGGGAGUCAGACCCCCAGCGACCCCCUGGGGACCUCCAGGAUCCCCCUGCGGAGAGCAUCGACCCGGGCUACGAGAACAUCUGCCUCACUAAGACUGGUAGUGGAGAGGACUUGGGGCUAAGGAACCAGGUUCAGGAGCCAGACUAUGAGAGUGUAGAUGAGCUGGGCCUGAACAGGGAGAGUUCCCGUCUCUAACU